AUGUCCGACAUCCCCAUCAACUUCACCCAGUUGACAGAGUUGACGCAGUUGGGCAUUCUGCCCCAGUCGCUAGACUUCAAGUCCACCACCUUGGAGUCCGACAGCUAUGUGUGUGUGAGAGAAAGCGGCCCGCAGGGCAACACCGUGGCCAUUGUAGAGUUGAAGAACAACUUCAACGUGGUCAGAAAGAACAUGAGCGCCGACAAUGCCAUCAUGCACCCCACGCAGAACGUCAUUGCGUUGCGAGCCAACGGCACCACGUUGCAGAUUUUCAACUUGGGCACCAAGCAGAGAUUGAAGUCCUUCACGCUCGACACUCCCGUGGUGUUGUGGAAGUGGUUGGACGAGCAGGUGUUGGGUCUUGUCACUGCUUCCACCAUCUACACGUGGAACGUCUUUGAUGGCACUAACGACGGCCCCCAGAAGUUGUCCGAUAGACACCACUGCUUGAACAACUGCCAGAUCAUCAACAUGGUUGCAGAGCCAGCCUUGAACUGGUUCGCCGUGACCGGUAUCGCCCAGGAGGACGGCCGUAUUGCCGGCCACACCCAAUUGUACUGCAAGUCCAGAGGUGUCUCCCAGGCCAUCGAGGGCCAUGUUGCCAAGUUCGCCCAAGUCAAGUUGAACGGUGCUGCUCAGCCAACCAAGGUCUUCUGUAUCGGUAACAAAACUGCCCUGGGCCAAGGAACCUUGCACAUCAUUGAAAUCGACCACGCCGACGGCAACCCGCCUUUCGCCAAGAAGAGUGUGGACAUCUUCUUCCCUCCAGAUGCUAGCAACGACUUCCCCGUCAGUUUGCAAGCUUCCGACAAGUACGGUAUCAUCUACAUCUUGACCAAGUACGGUUUCAUUCACUUGUACGACAUUGAGUCUGGUUCCAACUUGUUCGUCAACAGAAUCACCGUUGACCCUGUGUUUACGGCAUCUCCUUACAACGAUGGAACUGGUAUCUUGACUAUCAACAAGCAGGGUCAGGUCCUCGCCGUGGAAAUUGCUCAAGACCAAAUUAUCCCUUACUUGUUGGAGAAGUUGUCUGAUGUUCCUUUGGCCUUGGCUAUUGCCUCCAGAGGUGGUUUCCCAGGCGCCGAAAACUUGUUUAGACAACAGUUCCAAAAUUGUUUGAACCAAGGAGAUUACGCCAAUGCUGCUAAAGUCGCUGCCUCUUCCGAACAGUUGAGAACCCAAGACACUAUUGACAAAUUGAAGCACAUCACCCCUCAACCCGGUCAAAUCUCUCCAAUUUUGCAGUACUUCUCAACUUUGUUAGACAGUGGCUCGUUGAACCAAUAUGAGUCAAUUGAACUUGCAAAGCCUGUCUUGCAGCAAGAUCGUAAGCCUCUCUUUGAGAAAUGGUUGAAGGAGGACAAAUUGACUUGCUCUGAAGAGUUGGGUGAUAUUGUCAAGUCUUACAAUGACCCUGCUCUCGCUUUGGCUGUGUACAUCAGAGCCAACGUUAGUAUCAAGGUUGUUUCUUGUUUGGCCGAGUUGGGUCAGUUCGACAAAAUUUUGCCUUAUUGUCAAAAGGUCGGCUAUCAACCAGACUACACCAACUUGAUUCAAAAUUUGGUUCGUGUGAACCCUGACAAGGCCAGUGAGUUCGCUACUUCCCUUCUUGCCAACGGUGAGGCACAAUUGAAUGUGGAGUCUGUUGCUGACUUGUUCUUCUCUCAAAAUUAUAUUCAACAAGGAACUGCAUUCUUAUUGGAUGCUUUGAAGAGCGAUUCCCCAGCUGAAGGACAAUUGCAAACCAAACUUUUGGAAAUCAACUUGAUGCAUGCUCCACAAGUUGCUGAUGCUAUUUUGGGUAACCAGAUGUUCUCCCACUAUGACAAGCCUACCAUCGGUAAAUUGUGCGAGAAGUCCGGAUUGUUCCAAAGAGCUUUGGAACACUACGACGACAUUAAGGACAUUAAGCGUGUGAUUGUGCACACCAAUGUGUUGCCACAUGACUGGUUGGUCUCGUACUUCGGUCAGUUGAAUGUUCAACAAUCUAUGGCCGCCUUGAACGAGUUGAUGACUUCAAACAUGCAACAAAACUUGCAAGUCGUGAUCCAAGUUGCCACCAAGUACUCUGACUUGCUUGGCCCAUUGAACUUGAUCAAGUUUUUCGAAUCUUACAAGUGCAAUGAGGGUAAGUACUACUACUUGUCGCUGAUUGUAAACUUCACGCAAGAACCAGAUGUAGUGUUCAAGUACAUUGAGGCUGCUGCUAAGGUUAACCAAAUCAAGGAGAUUGAGCGUGUUGUUCGUGACAACAAUGUUUACAAUGGUGAGAAGGUCAAGAACUUCUUGAAGGAAGCACAAUUAGAAGACCAACUUCCUUUGAUUAUUGUCUGUGACCGUUUCAACUUCGUUCAUGACUUGAUCCUCUACUUGUACAAGAACCAAUACUACAAGUUUAUUGAGGUCUACGUUCAGCAAGUCAACCCAUCAAACACUCCUCAAGUUAUUGCUGGUUUGUUGGAUGUCGAUUGUGAUGAGAACAUCAUCAAGGGUUUGUUGAUGUCUGUAUUGGGACGUGUUCCUCUCAAGGAAUUGGUUGCUGAGGUUGAGAAGCGUAAUCGCUUGAAGCUCUUGUUACCAUUUUUGGAGAAGACUUUGGAGGGUGGUUCCACUGACCAAGAGGUCUAUAACACCUUGGCCAAGAUCUACAUCGAUUCCAACAAUAGCCCAGAGAAGUUCUUGGAAGAGAACAACAACUACGACACUUUGUCCGUCGGUCGCUACUGUGAGAAGCGUGAUCCUUACUUAGCCUACAUUGCUUACUCCAAGGGUGGCAAUGACGAUGAGUUGAUUAACAUCACCAAUGAGAACAAGAUGUACAAGUACCAAGCUCGUUACUUGUUGGCUAAGUCUGACUUUGGUCUCUGGGACAAGGUCUUGACCCCAGAGAAUCCACACCGUCGCCAAUUGGUUGAUCAUGUCAUUGCUACCGGCAUUUCUGAGUUGAGUGAUCCUGAGCCUGUUUCCAUCACUGUUAAAGCCUUGAUGGAGAACGAUAUGCCACAAGAAUUGAUCGAAUUGUUGGAGAAGAUUAUUCUCGAGCCAUCCCCAUUCAAUGACAACACCUCUUUGCAAGGUCUUAUGAUUUUGACUGCUAUCAAGGCAGACCCAAGUCGUGUGGCUAACUACAUCGAGAAGUUGGACAAGUAUGAUCCUAACGAGAUCGCACCUUUGUGUAUUGACAAUGAGUUGCUUGAGGAAGCAUUCGAAGUGUAUGAUAAAUUUGAGUUGAGAAAUGAGGCUAUGAAGGUGUUGGUUGACGACAUCAUGUCUCUUGACAGAGGUGAGCAAUAUGCUGAGAAGUAUGAUACCUCCGACUUGUGGUUCCAAUUGGGUAAUGCUCAAUUGAACGGUUUGAGAAUUCCAGAGGCUAUUAAGUCAUAUGUCAAGUCCAAGAACGCCUCUAACUUCGAGCAAGUUAUCGAAAUUUCUGAGCGUGCCGGAAAGGAAGAAGAGUUGAUUCAAUACCUUGAUAUGGCUAGAGAGUCCCUCCGUGAGCCAGCUAUCGACAAUGCUCUUAUCAAUUGUUAUGCCGUAUUGGGAAGACUUUCCGAUAUCGAGCGCUUUGUUGCUGGCCCUAAUGUUGCAGUUUUGAAUGAUAUUGGUGACAAGUUGUUUGAAUCUCAAAAUUACAAGGCUGCCAAAAUCUUGUACUCUAGCGUUUCUAACUACUCCAAGUUGGCUACCACCUUGGUUUACUUGGAAGACUACCAGAGCGCUGUUGAUUGUGCUCGUAAAGCUUCCAACACCUCUGUCUGGAAGCAAGUUAACAAUGCUUGUAUCGAAAACAAGGAGUUCCGUUUGGCUCAAAUCUGUGGUUUGAACUUGAUCAUUGAUGCUGAGGAAUUACCGGAGCUUGUUCGUACUUACGAGCACAACGGCUAUUUCAACGAGGUUAUUGCUCUUUUCGAGAAUGGUUUGGGUUUGGAGAGAGCUCAUAUGGGAAUGUUCACCGAGCUUGCCAUUCUUUACUGUAAAUACAGUCCUGAAAAGGUCAUGGAGCACUUGAAAUUGUUCUGGUCUCGUAUCAAUAUCCCCAAGGUGUUGAGCGCCUGUGAAAAGGCACACUUGUACCCAGAAUUGAUUUUCUUGUACUGUCACUACGAAGAAUGGGACAAUGCUGCUUUGACAAUGAUUGAGAAAUCCGAAUUUGCCUUCGACCACUCAUCGUUCAAAGAGAUCAUUAUCAAGGUCUCAAACUUGGAGAUUUACUACAAGGCUAUCAACUUCUAUGUUUCGGAGAACCCUAACCUUUUGGUUGAUCUUCUUUCCGUUUUGACUCCAAAGAUCGAUUUGCCCAGAGUCGUGAGAAUGUUCAUCAAGUCAAACAACUUGCCAUUGAUUAAACCUUUCUUGAUCUCUGUCUUGGACAAGAACAAUUCCGUGGUAAAUGGUGCAUACCAUGACAUCUUGAUCGAAGAGGAGGACUACAAGUCUAUGCGCUCUGUCAUUGAGAACGAGUCUAAUAACAGAUUCAACUCUCUUGAUUUGGCCGAAAGAUUGGAGAACCACGAUUUGAUCUUUUUCAGACAAAUCUCUGCAACUUUGUACACAAAGAACAAGAAGUACAUCAAGGCUAUUUCCAUCUUGAAAAACGACAAAUUGUGGCCUGAUCUCAUCAAGACUAUUGCCAUUUCUCAAUCGACAAAGUUGGCUCAUGAGACUCUUGACUACUUUGUUGAAACUGGAAACCACGAGUGCUUUGUUGCCCUUUUGUAUGCUGCAUAUGGUUUGGUGGAGUAUGACUACGUCCUAGAGUUGUCAUGGUUGCAUGACUUGGGCAACUUUAUCAAACCCUACGAGAUCUCCAACAUUUAUGAGAACAAAAAGAAACUUGAUGAGGUUUACGAGGAUUUGCAAAAGAGAAAGGCGGAGAAGACUGACGAUUCUGAGCCUGUAGCUGGCCAACCAUUGAUGAUCACAAAUGGCCCAAUGAUGGGUUUGGGAUACCAGCCCACCGGCACUGGCUUUGGAAACUCUUAUUAG